AUUAAUUAUUAUCAUUAUUCUUGCUCCGUUCUCCAUGUCUCCCUUCCCCAUGCUGAAUCCCCCGGGUUGGGCCAAGGACGGCAUUCUCCCGUCGGAUAACCCCCGCUACGGUCCGCCCAUCGACUUCAUCCCCGGCAAAAGAGCAGACCCGCCUACUAUGUACUGUGUCCUACGGAGUCUCUACGGAAUACCUAACGAGCAUUCAUGCCAUGGGGGAUGCUCGUUAUAGACCCGAGCCUCCAGCAGUAGCCAAAAGCUGCGAUCACAAGGAAACUUGACCGAGCGCGGCCCUCGCAAUUGAAUGACACCGAUAUCCAUGUGCUCUGAACUUCCAUAAAAUACCGAUUAAUUAAUUAAUAUCACUACUACGAAUGACUUUGACAACUCCCAGUAUCCAUCCAGUAGUUAUGGAGUAGUUAGUUAACUAGUUAGGAGCUGCAACCCUGCUUAGUCAAAUGGUAUCACGUGCCUUGGCUGUGUGCCCGAGGAAUAGCUCAAAAGAAUCACCGCAGAUUGUUGCCGUUCCCCUUAUCGGAACUCCGUGUUUUUGUAUUUCAUUUCGUUUCUUUCUUUCCGCGUCUUUUCUUCUUUCAUUUUCCUCCUGUUUGGACCCUUUUCUAAACAUUCUCACUUCUUUCCUACCAGAUUCUCAGAAUGUUCAGGUUUGCUCGCAGCAGGCCAGUCACGGCGGCCCUCAGGGCUGCGACGGAGUCUUCUGUCCAAGGCCGAUUUGUUCAGCAAAAGAGAAACCUUGCGAUCCACGAAUACCUAUCUGCGAGACUCCUCAAAUCUGUGAGUGCGAAACCUCUUGAAGAAAACGGGAGCUAGCCAGCUCUCAAAGAGAUGUCGCGGCUGAUGGAAAUGUUAUGCCAAAGUAUGGGGUUGGGGUCCCGAAAGGCGAGGUGGCCCACUCGGCAGAGGAAGCCGAAGCUGUUGCAAAGACCAUUGGCAACAAUGAUAUCGAUAUGGUCAUCAAAGCGCAGGUGCUUGCUGGUGGUCGCGGCAAGGGAACCUUCGAUAAUGGUCUCAAGGGUGGAGUCCGGGUGAUCUACUCUCCUACUGAGGCGAAGAUGUUCGCCGGCCAGAUGAUCGGACAGAAGUUGAUCACAAAGCAAACUGGCGCCCGUGGCCGCCCGUGCAAUGCCGUAUUGAUCUGCGAGCGCAAGUUUGCCCGUCGUGAGUUCUACCUUGCCGUUCUCAUGGACCGUCAGACACAGAGCCCCGUUAUUGUCAGUUCAUCCCAGGGUGGUAUGGACAUCGAGACUGUGGCGAAGGAGGCCCCCGAUGCUAUCAUCACCACUCCAAUUGAUAUCAAUGUCGGCGUGACCGAUGAGAUUGCUCGUAAUAUUGCUACCGAGUUGGGCUUCUCGGAGCAGUGCGUCGAGGAAGCGAAAUCUACGAUUCAGAAUCUGUACAAGCUCUUCAUGGAGAAGGAUGCCACCCAGAUCGAAAUCAACCCCUUGUCAGAGACUUUGGACCAUCAGGUUCUGGCUAUGGAUGCUAAGUUGAGCUUUGAUGACAAUGCGGAGUUCAGACAGAAGGAGAUCUUCUCGUGGAGAGAUACCACGCAGGAGGACCCGGACGAAGUCAAGGCCGCAGAGCACGAAUUGAACUUCAUUAAGCUCGAUGGUGACAUUGGAUGCUUGGUCAACGGUGCAGGUCUUGCUAUGGCCACUAUGGAUAUCAUCAAACUCAACGGAGGCAACCCUGCCAACUUCCUGGAUGUCGGAGGCGGUGCUACUCCCUCGGCCAUCAGAUCUGCUUUUGAGCUUAUUACUAGCGACCCCAAGGUCACCGCCAUCUUUGUCAACAUUUUCGGUGGAAUCGUCAGGUGCGAUGCCAUCGCUCAGGGUUUGAUCCAUGUGGUGAAUGAGAUGAACCUCCGUACACCUAUCGUGGCCCGUCUGCAGGGUACCAACAUGGAGCAGGCUCACAAAUUGAUCAAUGACUCCGGUCUGAGGAUCUUCUCCAUCGAGGACCUUCAAAGUGCUGCAGAGAAAUCUGUCCAGUUCUCGAAGGUGGUCAAGAUGGCCCGCGAUAUUGACGUGGGUGUCGAGUUCACCCUUGGUAUCUAGGUUAGGUGAGGAGAGGCCGUCUUGCGCACCACUUUGACCAGCUGGUCUACUACUAUUCCUGUUAUUUCUUCCACUAUACUUAUCAUGGAGGUUUAGGCAGCUAUUUAGUAGAGCAUCAGGGGAGGUUUCAAAGAGAAGCAAGAGAGAACUUUUCUGAAGAUGGAUAUUGAUAGUUCUCAGUUUUCCUAGGGUCCACGACUGGGCAUUGCUGCGUAUCCUCUCCUUUGUUUCUGGUUAAUUCCGUGGCGGUCAAUAAUGUUUGUUUUGGAAGUUGUACGUAGUUUUGAGCCCUAUUUUCUCCAUUUCCGGUAUUCAUAGAGAAUAAAC